AUGAACCGGUCGACUUUUGACAUUCAGCCCGUCAACCGCUUCGUCGGUUCGAAUACCACGAUUCGGCGGCCACGAGAAAUUGCGUGCUUUUCUUAUGAUGAUGACCACCGCUUCUCGCUGGGGGAGUCAUCCCUACGGUAUUACUACCCGCCGAGUCUGCCAGCAGACUUGAAUCUGGGCUAUAAUACGUUCCAAAAGCUGAACGAUGCCCCGGAUGAGCACUUGGAUGCGCUGCUGGAGACGAUUAUCGCCCUGGAGAAAGACACGCAAAAGAGAUGCGAGGCUGAUAUCGUCACUUGGAGAGGAAUGAUGACCAAGAUCUUGACUGCUCCUUUUGACAUGAUGAAUGGCUUUGAAAUGAACGCGACCCGUUUUCAGGUAGGAAGAAGCCCCCUUUGUGCUCACCCUCUGACAAUUCAUCUGACCAACAUAUUUAUCGAAGAGGACAAUGUCUACAAAAACGAGCAGAAGGAGCUCCAGCGUAACCAGAGGAUGCCGCCUGGCAUGGCAUCCCAGGAAAUGAUGAUGUAUUGGGGCUACAAGUUUGAAACCUUGUCUGUUCUGCGAGAGCCUUGGGAUUCGAGCUCGCGCGAAGAGAUUGAAAACCGACCAAACGAGGUCGUCAACAAUGGCGCGCAGUAUUGUUCGGUUGCCCGCACCGGAAUUGGGAAUGUGCGCAUGAUCCUCGGCGGCGAGGUUGACGCCGUUUGGGACUGCAAGCCGGAACGCAAAGAAGACCCCGUCCAUUGGGUCGAGCUCAAAACAUCCGCGGAGAUCCGCAAUGAUCGUGAUAUGCUGAAGUAUGAGCGCAAGUUGCUGAAAUUCUGGGCCCAGUCUUUCCUCCUCGGCGUGCCCAAAAUCAUCGUGGGAUUCCGUGAUCCGCAAGGCAUUGUACACCGCUUAGAGGAGCUGGACACUGCCAGUCUCCCGGGCAAGGUGAAGAAGUUGGGCAAAGGGACCUGGGAUGGGAACAUCUGUAUCAAUUUCGCCGCAUCAUUUCUCGAAUGGCUGAAGCAGACCAUCCAACAGGAUGGGACGUGGAGGAUCCGGAAACGAGAGAAAUCGCCGGUCAUUGAAGUAUUCCAGACCGAGGAGCAGGGACAUGGCGAUAUUCUCUCAUCGACAUUUAAGAGCUGGCGAUCAGGUUGA